GCAGAGUGGUCUGACAAGGUAGAAGCCUCAAUAUCUGCUCUGAAGACGGACAGGUGGAAGAUGGCGGCGACGACACAUGUGAGUGCGUCAGACCAGUUUAUGCCUCAGACCCGGUAUGUGGCUCGGCUGGGGCUUCUGGCUUUUGAUGAUAGGCUUAGGUGAGUGGACUGGGUAUUCGGCCCAGCUAGCGCCCCUUCAUCAUAUGGAUAGGAGUAGUGGCAUAUGAUGCCAAGACGGUGGAUUUAGGCAUAUCGUUGUAAUACUUUGUAAGAUCCUCAAGAAUAAUCAAUAAAGUGGCCGUAUGCAUCUCCCAGAUGCAGAGGCCGGGGGUCAUCCUCCUUUUCUAAAAAAAAUUCAUUUUUGAGGGGUAACUUGCUCCGAAAGUGAACGAACCACUACCAACUCAAAUCUUUAUAAGAGCAAAGAUAAUUUUAAUUAUAUGAGCGUACCUCAGUAGGUUGGUGGUGCUGAUGCACAUGGUUUGAGUCAUUUUCAACUCUGUACUCUAGUUCCGCAUGGUUAAUAACCACGAACAAAAAUCACAUUAUGAUUUGUGGCAACAUUAACCCAGUCUCUAGCUUUCCUAUGAUGCAAGUGUUUUUUCCAAUGAUACUGUUAGGUUCCUGAAGGGCUUGGAGAGCAUGUUACAUCAUCCAAGAAAGCACAAGCUAAAUGGUAUAGGAAUAUCUCUGAAGCUUAUGUAAAAACAGAACCCCCUCCUAGAACAUUGGCAGAGGCUGCCAUGCUAGUUGCUACAGCUCUGGGCAGGAUCCAGGGAGCUAAUUUGGAGGGCGUCCUUGCCUACUAUGGCUUCCCGAUUCCAAUGCCCCCUGUAGUCACCACAGAGCACCAUCCAGCAUCACUACCAGACGGGCAGUUCGUCCUGAAAACUUUGCCGAUUUAUGCAAAGUGCAUUGGAGAUGGUGAUGGCUUUACUGCUUAUGUUGACACAGCAGAUCCAACCGAAUCAGCAAAUGUGCCACAGGAAGUGCGUGAGGCUGUCAAUGCAAUGUCACAAACACCCAAGCAUAGGAACAGCCAACAGAAAAGUGUACUCCAAAGUAAGCUGAACAAAGCUGGUUAUAGGAUAAUAUAUACUUCAAAAGAUGAGAUCCUUGCAAGGCAAUACCGCUUCAGAUUGAGGGGCAUUGAUGCACAGGAGAUGGGAAUGCAAUAUGGGAAGGAGUCCCAGAAUGCGCUGGUGAACCUUAUCGCUGGCAAAAGUGUCAUGGUUUACGUAUAUGGGCAGGACCAGUAUGAUCGCUGUGUUGGAGAUAUCUAUUGUGAUGGUGUGUUCAUCCAGGAACAAAUGCUGAAGGAGGGUCAUGCAUGGCAUUACAAGAUUUACGAUAAAUGCAAAGAAUUUGCAAAAUGGGAGAUGAAAGCACGAGAUGCACGUCGAGGGCUUUGGGCAUCUGAUAACCCUGAGAAGCCGUGGGAUUGGAAAAGGAAGCACAACGUGAGAAAUGAGGCAUCUGAUAACCUUGAUAAGACAUGGGAAUGGAGACGGAAACCGCACAAUGCAAGACACCAGAACACCCCAAUUCAGGUGACAUUGUGUACCUGAAUCUCAAGUGAUGAGCUCUUGAAUGGUGAGGAAGUCAAACAGCCUGCUGGAGAUGUAAAUUUAGUGAAAGCGUCUGAAGCAAAAUUUGCCAUUCACUUAUUCGGAAGGGACAAUUCCAUUUAUCCCCCUAACUUAAGCCACCAUCUGGCAUUUGCCCCUAAUUUUCAGGUAUGCUCAAAAAUACCCCUCUUCUGUCAAGUCACCUUACAGAAAUGCCCUUGCCGUCCGGUCAAAGGGGUUUGACCGUCUGGUGAAUAGUAACAUGAGAAACAGUAAAUUCAAAAAAAAUAGCAAAAAAUAAAUAAAAAAAAUCUGAAAUUUUGUGGGAUCGAAGAUACUUAAGGGCGCAAGGUGUGUGCAAAUUUUUGCGUUGUUUGGACAUUCCAGGAACUCGUGGGAAAGGAAAAAAUGUAAAUCUAUACGCUGUGAACAGUAAAUUAAAAAAAAUAGCAAGAAAUUUUUAAAAAAUAUGAAUUUUAUUGGCAUCAAAGAGGCUUGGGUGCGCAAGGGGCUUGCAAAUUUUUGUGGUCAAAUGGCAUGCGAGGUGCUCUAGCAAAAAAAACAAAAUAGUGCAUUUUUUCAAAGUUUUUUUCUGCGCCAAAUUUUGUUUUUUCUCCACGAGCUCCUACAGUGUCGAAACGCAAAAAAAUUGCACGCACCUUGCGCACCCCAGCCUCUUUGAUGCCAAAAAAUUUCAUAUUUUUUUGAAUUUUCUUGCUAUUUUUUUUUAAUUUACUGCUCAGAGCGUACAUUUUAAAGUUUUUCGUUUGACACGAGCUGCUGGAAUGUCCAAACUGUGCCAAAAUUUGCACGCGCCUUGCUCCCUUGAGUAUCUUUGAUCCCACAAAAUUUCAGAUUUUUUUGCUAUUUUUUUCGAAUUUACUGUUCACCAUUUACUAUUCACCAAACGGUCAAACCCCUUUGAC